GACCUUGACAUCCUCUUGGAGUCUGCGCCCUACCGUCAAGCACUGUUACAACCACGGCCAUCCUCCAUCCGUGUAAUUCGUCGCACAAUGUUUUUAAUAAUUUAUCAGGCUGCCCGUCCUUCGUCGCUGGCAAAUUCUAAGACUUUGGAUUGAUCCCACCAUCUACAGUUUGCCAUGGCGACGGUGGUGAUGGAGCAGAUCGGCCGCCUGUUUAUCAACGCCCAGCAGCUGCGUCAGAUCCCUCAGCUGCUGGAGUCGGCCUUUCCCACACUGCCUUGCACCGUCAAGGUGUCUGACGUUCCCUGGGUGUUCCAAGAGCGUCACAUCCUCACUGGCUACAGGCAGCCGGACCAUAGCUGGCGCUACUACUUCCUCACCCUCUUCCAAAGGCACAACGAGACCAUUAACGUAUGGACACACCUGCUGGCCGCCCUGGUCAUCUUAGUGAAGUGGCAGGAGAUCUCACAGACGGUUGAUUUUUUGCGAGACCCUCACGCUCAGCCCCUCUUCAUCAUCCUCUUCACCGCCUUCACCUACCUCUCCUUUAGUGCACUCGCUCAUCUCUUGUCUGCCAAAUCUGAGCUGUCUCACUACACCUUCUACUUCCUCGACUACGUGGGGGUGGCCGUCUACCAGUACGGUAGCGCGUUGACGCAUUACUACUACGCCAUCGAGGAGGCUUGGCAUGCCAGAGUGCAAGGGUUCUUUUUACCCGCCGCUGCUUUCUUGGCCUGGCUCACAUGCUUUGGCUGCUGCUAUGGCAAAUACGUCAGUCCCACGCUGCCCAAGAUUACUCACAAGCUUUUCCAAGUGGUGCCCUCGGCCUUGGCUUACUGUUUGGACAUCAGUCCCGUGGUUCACCGCAUCUACACGUGCUACCAGGAAGGCUGCUCUGACCUGGUUGUGGUCUACCACCUCUACCAAGUGCUCUUUUUCCUCAUCGGCGCCUAUUUUUUUUCUUGCCCUCACCCGGAAAGCUGGUUCCCAGGGAAGUGUGACUUCAUCGGGCAGGGCCACCAGAUCUUUCACGUGUUUGUCAUGUUCAGCACCCUGGUGCAGAUCGAAGCUCUGCGGAUAGACUUCGGCGAGCGGCGGCCGCUCUACGAGCGACUCCACGGCGAUCUCGCUCACGACGCCGUCGCGCUCUUUAUCUUCACCACCUGCUGCAGUGCGCUCACUGCUUUUUACGUUCGCAAACGUGUACAUGCUUCUCUCCAUGAAAAAUAUGCAUAGGUGUAAUUUUACAUUUGAAGUUGCUCUACAAGCAAGGUGUCAAACUCAUUUUUGUCAUGGGCCACGUGGUUUAGCACUUGGAAUCCCUCAUGUCUGAGCCGAAUCCGAAUCCAGUAAAAAACAAAAAAAAGUUAAAAGUUAAACUAUUUUUUCAAUUUAUUUUGAAAAGUGUUAUUAAAAGUGAAAAGAAGCAACUGCAAGAAACAUGAAAUGAUUUGGUAUCUAUCUUGGUGAGCCGUACAGUUAGCAACAAUUCUAUCCUCAUACAUCAAUUUGUAACAGCGACUUUUCGUGUAUAAUCUGCCCAACCACAGUGAACAUUUUACAGCUCGUUUAUUAGUCCGCAAGGGGUUAGUUGAAGCCCACAGGUGCACGUUAUACAUUUAAAAUUUUCUUUUUGAUUAUGCACAUUUUUGGUGAGCUUGCAACAGUUCUUGAUAUGAUGUCUCAAAAUGCUUUUUUAAAAUCUAAAAUACAAUAUUAUUCAAGAGACUCAUUAAAGGAACCUGGUUGUUGCAUACGGAAUUCCUAUGGCCCCUGUAAUAUAAACAAUUGGAGGUAAGAUAUAUGUUUGUUGUCAAGGGCCGUGCAUUUUAAGUGAAUUCAGUUUUCUUUUUCCUCCACACAAAAAUGCAGUUUUUUUCUGGAGUUGUACAGCAAAACAGUCUUGCGUACCGUGAUAGUGUAUAACACAUCUAGUUAAUGCUUGUUUUAUGCUAUCCCAUUUUAUUGUGUCUUUCUUUUCAUAUUUCCUGGUACAUCCGGCCAAACUAAAGGAAGAACAUAGUAGAGGAAAGUUGAACACUGAUUUUAGAAAAAUAUUGUUCCUCUUAAAAGCUACAUUUGAAGCAAUGUUCGGGAUGCGAGAGUUCUGAUCUGUUUUUGUUCCAACAAUCCUUAUAUUUAUACUCCUCAAGGUCAGAAAGUUCAGCUUUUGCCUUUUCACAUUCCAUGGCUUGGUGACUAAGCUAUACAGUACACACACACACACACACACACACACACACAUAUACAAAGUGUACUUUGCUCUAUUUCAUUGAUUGAUUGCACAAAUUAAAAUGAUCUGGAUGCAGAUACAUUUUUAAAAUAAAUGUAUAGUAUAGUAUAGUAUAGUAUAUUUAAAAAAUGUGUCUGAUCCAUAUGAUUUGAUGUCGUGCAAUCAUCGUUUUGCACGAUGAUUGCACGACAAUCAUCGUGAUCAAAAGUACACUGAUGAUUUUUUUCAGUGUACUUUUGAUCACAUAUUCGCUUUGUGUUAUGAAAUUGUACAGUGUGUGCCUCUUGCAUGUCUCUAUACAAUGCUGAUAUUAUGGUGUGACAACUUUCCCUGCACUCAAAGCAUUUUGUGUUACUCUGCGCCAAAUAGCCCUCAACGAUGAAUGCGCUUUUUUUUCAGAAGGAAUACAGCGCAUUUUUCUCUUGCUGCUUGCUUUCAAAUGUUUCAUGUUUAACUGUCUUCGUGUUUAACAGAUUUUGGAAAGAUCAUUAUGAAUACAUUUUUUACCAGUGGUGCACUGUUGCUCUGAAGCACCCGAUUGUUUUGGCUUUUGCUGCAGAUAUGGUUCACUUAAUAGUAUUUUAGCUUGCAAAAUGUCAUCUCAGAAAAUUAGUUUGAGCCAUUGCAGCAUUCUCUCCUCUUGAUGGUGUUUUAUGAAUGUGUUUUUACAACACUGAUGACACUACUGAAAGAUAAUUUCAGAGUCAAUUUAAAUGAUGUCUUCACAGCAGUGCAAAUGGUGGGUUUGAGUCAACUGACAAGCAGUUGACUCAUCAUGCUCUGCCCGAAUCAACACUGUACAUAUUUUGGUUGACCACAUUGGCUAUGUUUACAUGCAUGAUGUUUUUAUACGGUUACUUUGGAUAUUCUAUUCUUGGUGUAGCCCGUUUAACACAGUGAGUAUCCUGGAAGGGUUGGGGCUUAUAAAACCUCUACCAGAUAUUUUGUAUUUGAUUCAUCCAAGUCAUACAUGGGGAGAUAUAUACUGUAUAUUGGUUGCACCAAUAAUUUAUUUUAAAAUAUUCUUUUCACAAAUGUGGAAUUACAUAGAAAGUCAAAUUUGUUUUUGGACCAGUGUUUUGAGUAAUGAACAGAUGUGUGAGCAGCAGUUUUGCCGCAAUUGACACAUCACCUGCACCUAUUAUCUAAAUUGCAUGUUUUGAAAAAUAAGAACCGGAACAUGGGCAGUACACUGUGUCAAAGCGAAUGUGUUAACAAAGCCUCGAAUGAUGCCAUCCAGGUUUGCCUUCAUUAUAGAAAGCAGGGUGAGAGGGGCCAGAAGGUCUUCUGUCUCUUGACUGCACUGACUGUACUAAUGUUGAAAAGAAGUAAAAUGUUGUAUUAACUGAAA